ACGACAAUCAAACAUUAGAAGCCAGAUAAUACGAGAUAUUGGUAUUAUCACUAAGCAAAGUUCAAAGAUAACUAAUGAUACGAAUUAGUUAUCUGAUGAUAUGGGCAGGCAUUUGUGUCGCUCACGCGAAUUUUAAUCUUUAAACCGCAAUAUCAUAGCAAGAUAAACUGUGUAAUAGGGAAAUGGUUGAUUUACUUUAAGGUUAUUCCAGGGAAACCUAUAAUUAGCCAUACAUACAAUUAAGUUACUUUAAGAUUUACUCGUUGUGGUUUCUAAAUAAAAUAAAAAUAAAAUAGAAAUACCAAUUCACUUUUAAUUGCUUUAUACAUUGGAAAGCAUUUUGUAUAGUCUACUUGAACACAGGUCUGCGUAUGUUAUUCUGCCUUUACUGAUACGCCAUCUCGCCGGGGUUAUUGUGGUUUCUUAUACCCGUUCACUUUAUAGCCGUAUUUUUUUGUCUAUUCCACUUUGAUCACUGGGUGGUCAAAGUGGACUCCAGGCGACACUUUUGUGUCCUUUGAUCACCUAUCAUAUGGAUAAGAUCUUCUAGGAUCAAAGUGGACUUCUUAUACAUGGGUGAUCAAAGGACAAUAAAGUGUCGCUUGAUUACUACUUUUAUUACUUGGGUGAUCAAAGUGGAAUAUACCUUUUUUGAGAGCAGUCCACCUGUGGCCUAAUUCACGUAUUUUGACACAGUCAAAAUCUCGUUGACGUUUAGAAGUCGUCCUAUUGAAAAACAGUUCGUUUUUUUCGCUCGCCGCAUGUGACAGUGGCAACACGUGUUUCAGGUGUUUAAGUGGAAAAAUCAAAUUCUAACGUAGUUUAACUAAAAAAAAAACUCAAUUUUAAGCUUAGUUAUUUUAAUAAUUAACAACAGGUGACGGAUUUAUCUGGUAAAACCGUAAGUAGAAUGGAAUUAACUCCUCCCGAUCCCCCGGAUCCUCCGGAUCCGGCCUCCUGUUCAAUGGACAUUUCUCAACCACUGUUUUCCCAAGCCGCAACAAAACGCCGCCUGGAUUCGGAGGUUCCUUCUGAACCCGCGAAGAGAUCCAACAACCCAUCUGCUGCAAUGUCAUCUCCAAGCAGCCAACCGGUGUACACGCACCCAUCUCUUGUUAUCGCACCAAAAGUCUACAGUGACCUUGACAAAGGCCCUUUUAUUGUCCACGUGUCCCGCAUCGAAACCGAGCCCAAUGCCCCAACUUUCAUCCAGCCAAUUAGGUUUGGAAAAUUUUUGGUCAAUAACAAAAUUAAGGACGUGAUCAACGAUGGUAUCAAAAAAAUUGGGAGAAACAGAAUCUCUGUUGAGUUCACAUCUGCCAGUGCUGCCAACAAAUUUUUGAGUAGCGAGAUUCUAUCCCUUUGCAAGUACUCAGCAACAAUCCCGACGUACAACGUGACCCGUAUGGGCCUCAUUAAACAGAUCCCCUCCGAUCUUCCAAUGGAAGAGCUUGCGGAGUCAUUGACGAUUCCUGACGGAUGUGGCAUCCUGCUAAAAGCCCGCCGUCUAAACAGGAAAGUGACCACAGACGGGCAAGCGUCCUGGGUCCCCACCCAAUCGGUAGUCGUGACAUUUAAGGGACAGGUUUUGCCAAAACGAGUAUUUCUGUUCCAUAACUCAAUUCCAGUUGAGACAUACCAGCUCCCAACUAUUCAGUGCCUCAACUGCUGCCGCUUUGGCCAUGUCAAAGCCCAGUGCAGGUCGAAGGCUAGAUGUUUUCGUUGCACGCAACCCCACUCAGCGGAUAACUGUGAUAUUACCGAAGAAAAGGCCACAUGCAUUCACUGCACAGGACCUCACUUUGCUCUUAACAAAUCCUGUCCAGAGCACUCCAGACAAAAAGCUAUUAAAAUUGCUAUGUCACAGGAUAAUAUCUCCUACGCUGAGGCUUCGGCCAUGUACCCAACCACUCGUAGGUCUUAUGCCGACAUAACAAAGUCCCCAUCCUCACAACCCCUACCCUCUCCAUCCCAAACACUCCAUUCACAAACAUCCCACCUACCUCUCUCCUACAAGAAAACCAUACCCCGCUCCCCCCGCUCUCACGCGCCGUUAGGAAAAGGCUACGACCGGCAGGCACACCAGGCCAUUAUUGGCAAUUGUGCUUCUAGCCUUCCUAAUGGGUGCGCCCUUACCGACAAUCCUCCAUCGUCCUUCUCAGACGACAUAAACCUUUUAGAUCUUGUCCUAACCCUCAUCCUCCGUGUUGUUACCCAACACAAAGACAGUAUACCGUCCAACGUUGCUCAAAAACUUUCCCAAAUCUCUCAGAUAUCUAAUUACAAUGGCAAUUCAGGCGGUUCAGUGGAACUGUCAGAGCAUUAGAAGAAAAAAACACGAACUUUCCUACCUAAUCAAUAAAUACUCUCCGUCGUUCAUAGCCGUCUCGGAGACCUGGUUAGUUCCGGAUUCACACUUCCGUGUAUCUGGCUAUUCAUGUCUCCGGGAUGAUAGAAACGAUGGAUACGCAGGAAGCGCCUUUCUUGUAAGGCGCUCCCUCUCCUAUUCCCAACUCCCUCUUCCUCCGCAUAGCCAGGACAUUAAUGCCGUGGCUGUGCGAAUUUUCGACCUUUCAAUCCUAUCCGUUUACAUUCCCCGUCCUAACUCAUCCUCCCUUAAUGAACUGCGUACAGCCAUUCUGGCUCUUCCUCCUCCCGUCCUUAUCCUAGGCGACCUUAAUGCUCACAAUACUGCAUGGGGCUCCUAUCACACGGACUCCCCAGGAUCUUUACUCUUAGACCUCCUUGACGAUCUAAAUCUAUGCGUCCUAAACAACGGCUGUUCAACUAGAAGAUGCCUCCCAUCUCAAAAUCCAGCCACCGCCGUGGAUGUAUCUUUUUGCUCUCCUAACCUUACGUCACUUCUCUCAUGGAAUGUUCUAAAAAGCACUUUUGGCAGCGACCAUUUCCCCAUUUUGUUAACUAUCCCUAAUAAAUCAUCCCCAACCGUCCGUCCCCCUCCUCUACUACGAUAUAAAUUAAAUAAUGCUGAUUGGUCAGCCUUCUCAGUAUCAGUAAAUAAUAAAUUAGACUCACUUCCCUCAAUCUCCCCUUUAAAUUCAAUUUCAGUGUAUGAACACUUUACAAACAUCCUCCGGAUGUCAGCAGAUGAACAUUUCCCUCAAAAGAAUCCUACACAUAAGACCUCCCCCCCUUGGUGGGAUGCGGAAUGUUCAGCUGCCAUUCGGAAACGCAAAGAGGCGGAAAAACGUUAUAACAGGUCUAUGACAAUGGAGAACUUUCUGCUCUACCAGCAGACAGCAGCCCAGACAAGGAAAUUUUUAUCGCAGAAGAAAAAGCUAGGAUGGACCCGUUUCUGCGAGAAUAUGUCUCCCAGGACGCCCUCUUCUGUAGUGUGGAAGCAGAUUAGAAGGUACCGCCAAUCCCUUUCUCCAUCCAACGCUCCCUCAAACAAUCCCUCUAUUUGGUUGGAAGAAUUUGCAGAUAAAUUAGCUCCUCCUUUUGUCCCCUUUAUAGACUGCUUCCCAUCCAGCUCCUCUGUGCCUAUUCCCCCAACUGGUAAUUUAGAUUCCCCUUUUUCUGCUGACGAACUCCUUUGUGCCCUUAGUGGGCUAACUGAUUCGUCUCCCGGAGCCGAUGGAUUGCCAUAUUCCUUUUUAGUUAACUCUCCCCCUAGAGCUAAAUCUUUCUUUCUUCAACUAGUCAACAACUUCUUUGACCUAGGAACCGUCCCUGACUCUUGGAAGGAACAAAUUGUAAUUCCUAUACCGAAGCCAGGGAAGGAUCCUUUAGAACAUAACUCCUAUCGCCCUAUAGCCUUAUCCUCUGCCCUACUAAAAGUUAUGGAGCAUAUGAUCAGAAACCGCCUGGAGUGGUUCAUGGAGUCUCACGGUAUCCUAGCAAAGUCUCAAUUCGGUUUCCGCAAAGGUCUGAGCACUCUGGACAGUCUUAGUAUUUUAACCACCGACAUCAGACUGGCUUUCAAGAAUAAGGAGUACUUAGUGGGUGUUUUUUUGGACAUAUCUUCCGCUUACGAUAACGUCUUACUUCCAGUACUCAGGCAAAAGUUGCUACAUCUGAGUGGCUCGGAGAAGUUGGUUCGUUUCAUCAGUAACUCGUUAAUGGCAAGAACUGUCUCAAUAAAAUGUCAAAACAUCACAUCCCCUCCCCGUCUACUCUGGAAAGGCCUACCUCAAGGUUCCGUUCUCAGUCCACUCCUAUACAGCAUUUAUACCUAUGACCUUGACCAAGCUGUCGAUUCUUUCUGCAACAUCCUUCAGUACGCCGAUGAUAUUGCCCUUUACAUCUCAUCUAAAUCGAUAGACGAGGCAACUACUCGCCUUAAUUCCGCUCUAAGCUAUCUCAGUGACUGGAUGCUCUCCCACGGCCUAUCCAUCUCUGUUCCGAAAUGCUGUUGCGUUACCUUUACUCGGAAACGACACACUCCGAACAUAGAGGUAUUUAUAGACGGUGACCUUAUUCCCUGCUGCAACCAGGUCAAAUUUUUGGGUCUGACUCUAGACUGUAGACUGUCAGGUGUCGCUCAUUUUAACUCCAUCCUUAAAAAGGCGGAAAAUGGAAUUAACGUAAUUCGCGCCCUUUCAGGCACUUGGUGGGGGGCCCACCCUUACUCUCAAAAGCUCCUUUAUAACGCCAUUGUGCGCAGUCAUUUUGACUACGCGUCUUUUCUUUUGGACCCUUGUAACAAAGCAGCCCUUGAUAGAUUAUCCAAAACACAAUCAAAGUGCUUACGCAUAAUUUUGGGAGCAAUGAAAUCUUCGCCUAUAAAUGCGUUACAAGUAGAGUGCGUUGACCCUCCCCUCUAUUUGCGUAGGCAGUACCUCAGCGACCGUUUCUUUGCUAAGGUCGCUCAGAAUGCCUCUCAUCCACUUUUAAAAAAACUUGAGCUUCUCUCGUCUUCUAACAUUUCAUCUUCUUCUUUUCAAAAGACACCUUGCAUUUUGCUGAGCUUCCAAAAAUUUAGUCGUCUUCCAUGCCCCAUUACAAAAACUCCUGUUUUCCCUCUCUUCUCCAAUAGCUUUGAAUCUUUAAUAUUUCAACCGCCUGUUAUUUUAAAUUUCGGUAUUUCUAAAGAUUCCCCUGCCGCACCCCAAGAAUUCAGAAUUAUUUUAUCCGAACACUGGCAAGGCUGGCUCACGAUGUACACAGAUGCGUCCAAGCUCGCUGAUGACGGCUGCGUCGGCGCCGCAGUGUGGAUACCUGUGUACAAAAUCGCUCUUAGUUACAAAUGUCCCCCAGUGACAUCGGUUUUUACCGGUGAAGCAGUGGCAAUUUUAGAAGCAAUUCUAUACGCUAAAUCUCACUCAUUAAAUAAUGCUUUAAUUUUUUCGGACUCCCUAAGUUGUCUCCAAUCGAUUCUGGCUAAUACUUUUAAGUCUAAAGUUAAAUUUCCAACCGUCUUAAAAAUAAGAGAAGCUCUUUUUGAUUGCCGUUCGAAGGGUAUAAAUAUCGUUUUGGCUUGGAUCCCUAGUCACAGAGGAAUUCCAGGAAACGAAUCUGUUGACUCAUGCGCAAAACAUGCUAUAUCCUCUGGCUCCCUAGAGCACUACUCACUAUUCUCUCAUGACGCUGCAUCCCUCUCCCUAGCCCAUCUUUAUAAAUCGUGGAGAACUCAUUGGGACAAUUCAAAAAGGAUGGUUGGCAAAUACUAUGCAGACAUUCAAAACGAUAUUCCCCCUAGACCCUGGUUUUUUAAACACAAAUACUUACCAAAAAGUUCUGUAUCAAUUAUAUGUCGACUGCGAAUUGGUCAUGCGUGUACUCCGGUUCACCUUGCGAAGAUGCACAUAAAGGAUAGUUCCUUAUGCGAAUGCGGCUUAGACGAAGGCACAACUAAUCACAUUUUCUUCAAUUGUCCAAACGUAGGUUCCUCCUUAUUUGAUUUCCUUCCUGAAAGCGUUCCUCGCCCUACUAAUAUUAAAUGUUUAUUAAAUUCUAUGGACCCACCGCUUUUGAAACUACUAUCAAAAUUUAUUCAAUCCCGCAAAAUUCGUUUGUAGGUACACAAAUAAUAAUUUUGCUUAUUAUUAGAAACGUUAAAUAUUUUUGUUUUUUGUAAACCCUGUUACUUUGUCAAAACUGUUUACGUGACAUUGGCGAAAUCAUGGUUCUCAAAACCAAGCCGUUGCCAUAAAAAAAGAAGAAGAAGAAGAAAAACAGUUCUAAGUCUGUAUUCACAAGGGUAAUUUCGAUAGAACGAUUACUCGAUGGGAUCGCAACUCAGCGAUUUGUUGUCGUUGAAGUUUUGUUACGUGAAUAAGGCUACUGAGCUUGUGCUCAAUGAGGGCUAUCGUUUUUAUACUUAACAGUUGGCACCCCUGGCGAUUGACAGGACCUUACUCUACAGUGGCGCCAUCUUGAUGAGUGCAAAUGCGAUAGUCCUCCUACCACUUUAGCGCUCACCAGUUGGUGCCACUGUCUUCGCUACUAUUGUCUGGUCCGUGAGCACGUAGAAUUUUGUCCAAUGACCCCAAGCUACCCAUCCUUAUCGCUCGCGCGUAAUUAUGUUGCUGUCGCGCUCGCACACUCACUGCGGGCGCCCGUCGCACAGUCGCGACAGCAAUAUAAUUACGUGCGAGCGAUAAGGAUGGGUAGCUUGGGGUCAUUGGACAAAAUUCUACGCGCUCACGGACCAGACUAUAGCAAGUGACAGGACCUUACUCUACAGUGGCGCUAACUGGUGAGCGCUAAAACGAUAGCCCUCAUUGGAACGAGGGCGCG